ACUUCUCCUUUACAUCUGAGUGUGGGAGGAGUUCCUGCUUUUUGCUUCUUUUUACAAGUAUUUGCAUGCGACAGUGAACACAACGUGGAGCUGACUGGGUGAGGGAGGAGGACAAAGGUGGAACGCGGAGCUGCCUUGAGUGGGUCUGAAGGCGUGAGAAUGCCCCCUGACUCAGCGCACAGGCUCGGCCAUAUACGCUCAUCCAGGGAGAGGUGAUUCACUCCAGCGACAGCAGAUUGGAUAUUUUAUCUUCUGUCCCAUCAAGUGGCCCAACUUGUCAACAGACAAUUCAGAGAUGAGACUCGACUUUUCCACCAGUUGGAUUUUCCAAGGAUGGAUCACCUUGAUCCUAGUCAGCCUUCAUGCUCAGAGUGCAGAAUCCAAAUCCCUGCAGUGUGAUGGCACACAAUACUCCAAAGGCAAUCGAUGCUGCAACAAGUGUGAACCAGGAUUCCGGGUUCUUUCCCACUGCAAUGAUUCCCAGCAGACCAAGUGUAUCAAAUGUGCCCGUGGCGAAUAUCAGCCAACCUGGACGCAAGAGUCUCGCUGCCUGCAGCAGAAGUUUUGUGACGCAGGUAAAGGGUUCAUGUCCAGGCCUGAGAACCUCGUGGCUGAGGAGCCGUGCCGCUGUGUCCCUAACUUCCAAUGUUCUCUGAUCAACUGCGAGUACUGUGAGCAGAUUCCCACCUGCCCUCCAGGAUUUGGACUUGAGUUAGAGCCUGAGUCAACAAAUGGAAGGAAGAUCUGUGCUCCCUGUAAGAAGGGCUUCUACUCAGCUGAGAACAACGCCAAAGAAUGCAAACAGUGGACUGACUGUAAGUCCGGAGGCAAGCUGGAGGCUCGACCUGGCAGUGCCCAAGCCGACGCUGCAUGUAGACCCGCGGUAUCAGGUGCCGCGCCCUCAUGGGUCAUCGUCUCAGUACUGUCGAUCAUCACCAUCCUCUGCCUUCUCAUUCUGCUGCUGUUCUGUUAUAAGGACAAACUCAAAUUACUUUCAGUGAAUCUGCGGUCCUGCGUUCAGAACCUAAAGCGGACCAGGAUCCAACAGGAGACUCUGGCUCCACUCUACCAAAGUGGAGCGUCAGGACCACCCAAAAGCUCACCCUGCGAAACAACCAAACUUGUGUACCAAGCUCCCUGUAAACUCAUCGUAGAGCCUCCAAGCUCGUACCCCUUCUUUGCUCCUUAUGUGAAGGUCUCUCUGCCUCCUUCUGAGGAAAUGACUGAGACAGAAGGAACCGUGGCACAGAUGCCAAAGGAGAUGAGGAGCGUACCGGAGGAGGUGUCUGAAGAUGAUGAGGUGGUGACAAGUGUCUCACCUCUGUUAGCUGGUUCCUGUGUGUGUGGCAUUCCGGUGCAAGAGCCACUAGAAGUGGGUGAGAAUGAGGACUGUAGCCAGGCUGUGACCCCAGGAAUUGUUGGAUCUUGCUCUUGUGGAGGAUUAGAUGCAGACGAACAAGGACAUCAGGAAGAAAAAGUAACUGGAAAAGAAAGUAUUAACGGAACGCCAAAUGAUGGGGAUCAAGAAAGGUGUACCGCGAGCGGUCUUGUCUCAAUCUCUGCCCCCGAGCUCUGCCAACCGUUGCUGCAGAAAUCUCCAGUAUGCAGCUCAGAACUGAUGACUGCACCUCCAGAUUCACGGGAAGGAUUCUGCACAGACUCAAGUGGGUCCAGUAGGACCUCGAGGAUGAUCUCACCGGCCCCUCACACCAUGUCAGCAUCAUUAGGGGAUCUCUACACAGAGAAGACCCUCUCCGUCACCAGCCAGGAAAAAGGACAGGGACUUUCCUGGCAGGACGGCGGAGGGAACAAGCUCCUGUCCGAGGAUUCUGAGCUUGAUUAUCGACCGGAAAGCCUUCAGAGUCAAGUGGCAGAUCCAAAUCUUACCUCAGGUCAGGUGUCAGGGAGCCACAACACCACCUUCAUUUCCAGUGGCCAGGUGAUGAACUUCAGCGGUGACGUCAUUGUGGUCUACGUGAGCCAGAUGUCCCUGGGCAGCGACGGCGCGGGGCGUGACGACGAUUUCGGAAGCCCAGUGCAAGAAGAGGCCAAUGAGACGGCUCUGUUUUCUCAGAGCAGCACCAGAACAAUACAGGACUCUUUGCAGGACCAGACUCUGCCCAUCCAGGAAGUGAUGGAACAUUUAGUGCAAGUGAAGUGAGCAGAACGCAUCCACGUACAUCUAAGAGUGAGAACGCUUCAAAAAAUCAGUCACUGACUCAGAAGGAAAGACUUCUGUGUGAAUCUGAUUCACUCACGAACCAGUGAACUUUGUCUCUGGCAUCUCUCUGCAAGUGCUUGUCGGCCAAGAGUGAAAAGCUGCAUUCAUUUUUUUAACUGGAAACUCCCUGGAUUCUAUUGCUGAAAAUUCUAUGUGGGAUUUGGACUUUGACAUCCCAAACCUUGAGGUUUUAAUCAAUGUUUUGCGCCUGAAAACAUAGAAGUCAAGUUUGACAAUACAGAAUCUACAUGUACAUCUCAAGCUAUUGUGAGUAAAAACUGAAAAAAAGGGAAAUACCGAUAGUAUGUGUGGCAGAAAUCAACACCCGAUUUCUGAUUUAUGUGACAGGUCAAAAGUCUCAAGCAUAAGUAUGUUGUUCCAUGGACACUCACCAAACUCAUGCACAGUAAGGAGGUCCCAAGUUACAAGGAUGGUAAAUGGCCUCUCAUAGGUUUAUCCUAUAAAAGAAUACUUAUGUCUGAGGUGUGUUAAGAGUGAAUUUGUCUUGAUAAUCCACUCAAUAAAGGAUUGGUGCAGUCGACUGCAAAUGUUAAAACACAUUCAAUCCUCACUACCCAAAAUUUUAUGUAUGUAGGGAGAGACGAUCGCUUACAACUUGAACUGUGGCAUGGACUGGACUGCAUCCAGUCAGGAGUAGCUCUGACAGAGACACAAGGAAUCACAGAAGGGAGUUGUGAAAGUUGUCUAUUGAAUUGGUGACAAAAAAUAACUUUUUUAUUCAUGAGAAGUGAAUCUCACUCCAAUCCGCAGCCGUCCUCACGCGGUGCGUUCCUUCAGAGGUCUGCGCAAUACGCGCAAGUUUCGCUGUGUGUUUAUUUUGCGUGAUUACUGUGUUUCUUACGCAAUAAAGUGAUGUUUCGUUUCAUCACGUGAGCUCACAAGAUUUCUGGGUGGGAGGAGGAGCUCCUCGAUCUGCGUUGGGAUGAACUCCUUCUGUGUGGUGUGUUGAGAUUAUCAGGUCGCGUCGUAGAUAUAAUGAUCAAUCUGACUUUUUUAGGGGGUAGGGGGUCUAAACAUUUUUGAAAAUCCUUCUGUGUGUCAGGCCACACAUAACAAUUUUGCUAGUUGCAAGCAAACAAACAUAAGGACAAGCUGGUGGCAGCGCUACCAGUGAGGGAAGAACAAGAAUCUCCUAUUUUUUCUUCAUUUAUUUCUGUGUGUCAAUUUCCUUCUUGUCUCUACUUUAUUUUGGGACUUUUCAAAUGAAGCUACUCUUCAAUUGCACUUUCUCAACUUUCCUUUUUUUCUGUGUGAGUUUGUUUAAUGGCAGUUUUCUUUGUUCCACUUGCGCUUCUCAAACCAGUUUUUCCAGAGAGCAGUUAGCACCGCACACAUCUGCUGCGCAGCUUAUCAGUGCGUACCUGACAAACAACCACCUUCUGGUUAAUUAUCUCCUCAUGAAUAAAAAAAAAAAAACGUAACUCAAUCGAAGUGGGCAUAGAUAGCUUCCCCAACUGUCAUGCUUUAUUACUAUCACUAGACACACACUGAGUGAGGAGAGCUACAUUUCUGAUGAACAAUCUCAGACUCUCCAAUAUUUGUAGCAGUCUAUGAUUCUUAAUGAUCGACCGCUCUUCCUUCGCCUAACACAAUAUUUCUCUGUUUUCGUGUUUCCUUUUCCAUCCAGCUCCUGCUUGUUUGAUAUAUUAAGUUUCCAUGACCGUUUUGUUGGAGAGAGCUAUGGCCUCGAUCAGUGACUAAAUGUUUUCACUUACUAUAUGAAAUCUGAUCGACUGGAAUUGGGUGUUUUCAAAUGAGCAUGACUGGUAGGCUUUCCCACAAACUAAAUUUCCACCAUGUGGAAGCUAUUGUGUGCCGGUAAAAGGACUUUAAAAUCCAAUCUUUUACUGUUAUUCACGUCAAAAAGACGUCAUACCAUGAAGUUCUUAAUGCACUCGAUGACUUUGUGCUGAAAAAAAAAAAAGUUCUUCAAGAACGAUGAUACUUCAUGUUCAGCAACAGAUUCACUUCAUGGCAGAUGUUUAAAUGAGCAUAUUUUAUUCAAAAUGAUUUUUUUAUUUAAUUUGAGAAUUGAGAUUCUGUUAUGGUUAUGGUUUCUUUUGACUUCAAUACGAGAAUAUAAUAACGACAAUUAAGCCAUUUUGAAUUUUAUUUUAUGAGACCAUGUUGGGAUGACCCAUUUAGUUUUUCUUUCUUUCAGCGUCAUUCACACCUGACCUUAAGUUCUCACUGAGGAUCAGCAGUCAAAGCCUGAAGAAAGUGACUAGGUUGACAUAAUGGUGGCAGAAGAGACUUGACUUUUCCUCUCUGGCUGCCUGGGAACUCCAAUUUUCCAGGUGUUUUACAACACAAUACUAAGGAAGCUCAGAGCUGCAAACAGCAAAACUAUCUUUGGAUCAACGUCACGUUAUUUUGUGAUUUGCUACUCCUUUUUUUUCCUGAUACAUAUCACUUUAUUUUGUAAUAUUAUGUUAUUUCAUGAUAUUAUCACUUUAUUGCCUGAACAUAAGAACAUGAAACAGUUUAAGGGCAAACUUGUGGCAUUUUUACACAAUGUGUAUUGCAAAACAGCAGGAUGAAUCACAAAAUAGAAAUAAAAUAAAUCACAAAAUAAUACGAUAGGUAUCACUAAAUACUGUGAUACUGGCGAUAAUGUGUUGCCUCUGAGCUUAUUACACAAAAUACAUGAAAACAAAUAUUUCUAAACAGGUUAUAUAAUUCAAGAGUCUAAAAGUGAGAUGUUGUUAUCUUUCUCCCCCCCCCCUCUCUCUCUACGUGUGUGUGGAAGCCUUGAUAAAGUCAAAUGAAACACAUCAUUUCUCUUUAGAUGUCUGUCUCGGUCAGAUUUGUGAUCAGCUUGUUGUAUAUUUGUGUGUUUGAAA